AUGCAGUUCUCCAAGAUUCAGCUUUUCACCCUCCUGGCCGCUGUCGGCGCCAUGGCCAGAAACGUUGCCCCCGUUAAGACCAAUGACACUACCGACGCCGCUGCCCCCGUGGACAACAUUGCUCCCUCCACCACAAUCUCCAUUGGUUUGUUCGGCUCGGAUGCCAAGACAACCGAGAAGGAUGCUCCCCUGGAACGUCGCAUUCUCAUCAAGAACUGCGAGGCCAGGACCAGCAAGCCUGAGUGCGAGAGGAUAUUUUCCGGCUGCAAGUGGCUCCGUGGCUCCUCCUACUGUGUCGACAAAUGAGCUUCACGCAGUCUUGAGAGUAGAUGGCGCGGGCAUAAAAAUCUGAAAAUUGAAGAUAUGGGCUUUAGACUGUAU